AUGCCAACAAAACUCUAUUGUGGUAAUGUACCUCCCAGUGUCAGUAGUACUGAAUUGAAAGAAUUAUUUGAAAAAUAUGGAAAAGUUCUUGAGUGUGAUAUUAUCAAAGAUUAUGGAUUUAUACAUAUGGAAGAUGCCAGUAAAGCUAAAGCUGCGAUUGCUGCAUUAAACGAUUUCAAUUUGAAAGGAACAAGGAUCAAAGUAGAGACUGAAAUAUAUGUGGAAUAUCUUUUUGUUUCUAUCCAGAUGUCUACAACUCAAACAAGAAAAGGCGAACGGUCACAGAAACGCAUUCCAUCCAAUAUGGGUUCAAGUCCGCCUCCAAUGUCAAUGAGAGCUUUACGUGAUUAUCCAAUGAUACCCAUACAUCGAAAUGGUUAUGGUUCAGAUCGCUUUUCGAUGCGUUCAAUUGAUCGUUAUCAACCUUAUGAUCAUCCGUAUCUUCGUCGUGGUGGCGAUCAUCGAAGUUUGGGACCGUCAAUGAGUUACGGUGAUCCUUAUUUACGCGAUCCAUAUCGAGACGAUUAUUAUCGUGCAUUGGCGGCAUCUGAUCUGCAUCGUUCUGUACGGUAUGAUUAUCACGGCUCGUAUCCGUCUGGUCCGUAUUCGUUACAACAAUCAUCGAGUUCGUCGCGAAGUCGGUAUGCGUCGCCACCAUCGCCUGAUCGUUUUCCGUCUGAUAGAAUGAAUGGACGUCAAGGUUAUCAAUCACCGCCGUCUCGUCGUUCAUCAUCAUCUCGACAGUCAAAAGCGACGCGAUCAAGACGUUAA